UUCAGCUUUUGUUUACACUUUCUAGUGUUUUUGAAUUCUCGCUUUUCUGUGUAAUUGCCUUUAUGGAGUGAAUAAGGUAAAGACUAUGAUGGCAAAAAUAAAGCCACCUCAUGGGAAUGGAAGUAACAAGAAAGAGUAUUUUCCCCUUAAAAAUGAAAAGGAUUCUUUUCAAUUGCAAGCACCUGAUGUUGCUAUCGACAUGAAAAAAGAAUGCGUGAAAGAAUCAAAGAUUUCUAGAUUUAGAGAACUAAGAAUUUUUAGUAGUCUGGCAUUAUAUUUUCUAAAAAAAUGUUGGAUGACUUGCAGUGCUGCUGUGUUUGUAGUUUUUGUUAUUUAUUGGUGUUAUGGAGGAAUCAUUGCUUUCAUUUUAUUUCUAUUUGCAUUGUCAGGUUUUCUUUUCCAAGUUGGAGAUUAUUUUCUUUAUCAUCCUGACCAACCACCACAAUCUCGAUUGUAUGUUCCUUUACCAUCCCUUUUUGGUUUACCUGGUGAAAGUAUCUUUUUAAAAACAGCUGAUGAUGUGAAGAUACAUGCUUUCUUCAUCAAGCAGGACCCAUCUAUCAUUGAGCAUGUACCAACAGUUCUAUAUUUUCAUGGAAAUGCGGGUAACAUAGGUCAUAGAUUACCUAAUGCUCAAGGGCUGUAUCAAUUUUGUGGUUGUAAUAUUUUAUUGGUUGAAUAUCGUGGUUAUGGUCAUAGUGAAGGUGUUCCUAGUGAAGAAGGACUAUAUCUUGAUGCACAAGCUGGAAUGAAGUUUCUACUUCAAAUUCCAUACAUUGACAAAACUAAAAUAGUUGUGUUUGGACGAUCACUUGGUGGAGCUGUUGCUAUUGAUUUAUUGACACACCAUGAAUUUGCAAAACAUGCUCUUGCAUUAAUUGUUGAAAAUACUUUUACAAGCAUUCCUGAUGUUGCUAAGGCUAUGUUCAAUUCUAAGUUCAUUAAUUGUCUUCCUACAUGGGCUUUCAAAAACCAGUUUUUAUCUUUGAAAAAAAUCAAACGUGUCAAAACACCUUCUCUGUUCAUAUCAGGAAAAGCAGAUGCCAUUAUUCCACCAAGCAUGAUGAAGACUUUAUGCCGAGAAAGUGGGAGCCAAAUAAAACGACUUUCAUCUUUUGAAUUUGGUACACAUAAUGAAACUUGGCAGUGCAAAGGUUAUUACAGAAUUAUUAAUUUGUUUGUUGAUGAUAUAAUGCUUGUUCAAAGAGAAAUGCAGGAUUGGUCCAUUGGAUUUGAAGGUGGAGGCGAAAUCUAUUGAUAUAAAUUUUAGUUGCAGUUUUUACACAAAAUGUAGAAAUUAAGAAAUUUCGUAGUCAUCUAACAAAUAUCUCCAAAGAAAACCAUCCAGCAAAGUCACUAAAUUAUUGCAAAAUCCAAAAAUAUGUUUUUCUCUAUUAUACUAUCAGUUGAUAAUAAUAACAAAUGCACUGUAAGAACAUUUACAUUCUCUUCAUCUCGGAUAAUACAAUCUUCUUUGAAAUGCUUGUUAUUUUAAAUCACAUAUUUAUGAAUUGAUGCAACAAUUUAAAAUAAAAAUGAUAUUGCUUACAUUUAGAUCUUUAUUGCAAUUUCAUUUAUACUUAUUUUUGUCUAAAAAUUAUUUUGUCUUUAUAAUUAAUUGUAAUCAGAAAAGUGUAUAGUAUCUUAAAAUUUUUAAGAGAAUAGAUUUAUUCAGAAAUAAUCUUCAUCUAUCAAACUAUAUUCUAGAUUUUCAUAUUUAUUUUAAAUGAUCACUGAAUGUAAAUCUAAUAAACGUGCAUUUAAUAGACAUUAAAUGAAUAUAAAUCAACAGCUGUAAAUCUGAGAUUAAAAAAAGAUAUAGUUUGUGUGUAUCUAGUCGUCUGAAAGCUGCAUUUACUGUAGUUAUUGUUGAUAAUUAUGUCUUUUUCAUCUUUUUUGUAAAUGGAUGAUUGUACAGGUUGAAAAUUUGUGUGUUAAUGAAUGGUCUGAAUGUUGCAUUUAUUGUUUUAAGAGUUUAUUUAAAAUUGUCUUGACAGUUUUAACAUUUUUUCAAACCUAAGCUUUUCAUAUAUAAUAUAAUGUAAUAUAAUUUUGUGACAUUUGAAUUGUGGAUAUUUAAUAUAUGCUUUAUUAAAUAUGCUUAUUAUGCUUUAUAUAUUUAUUAUGAGUGCUUUGUUUGUACAAUUAUGUAUUCAAACAUUUUCCCUAGAUAGUUUAAUGGCAUUAUUUCAUGCAUAGCAAGCAUAAUAGUUUUAGCGUUAUGUAAAAAAAUCAAUAAUUAUGAGAUUUGAACUGUUCACACUAUUGUUUUUUCUUCCAGUUAAUUUUUAAUUCAUAUAAUGAUUUCAUAAAUUGAUAAAUAAAUAUUUUAAUUUUAAAUAGUAAGUAUAUAAGCAUUAUUUUCUAAAUAAGAAAUUUAAAUUUUUAAAAAUUUGAAUUGUACCUACUACUACUAUUUUUUCCCCUGCCAUUGAAUUUUUAACCUAAAUUCUGAUAACAAAUUUUAUAUACUGAGAUAGUUCAAAUUACCUUAAAAAAUAAAAAAAGAGUAGUUAAACAUUCAAAUUUGAUUUAUGUUUUCUUGCAUUUAAAAUAUUAUAGUUAAAGGCAACUCAAGUUGAUGAUUCAUAGAAAGUUACAAAAGAGUAUAUCACCUAUGAAAGAUGUAACGUAUUUCUAUGCAGGAUAGAACAAUUGAAAAAGUUUCAAACAAUUAAAAAAAAAAAAACUUUUAAACAUGGAAUGUUAUUGCACAAAAUAUGAUUUAGAAUGAAAGAAACAUUAAUUCUGAUAAUAUAUAUAUAUUAGAAGAUGUAUCUAUCUUGAAGAACUGUUAUUCUCUAAACUAUAUUUCUAAUAUGAUUGUCACAGAUUAACUAACAAAAUUAAUAUAGAAAAUUUCACACACAUUGGCAGAGUGUUAGUUAAUAAUAAUAAAAAAUUAUAAUUUAUAUUACAGCUUAGAUGUAAAUAUGUAAUAACUUUAAAAGUUUUGUUUCCUUACAGUGGGAUCUUCUGUAUUUAUUAUUGUUCACAAAACUUAACUUGAAACUAAUAAUACCAAAAACUUUGGACUCAAACAAAUAAUGAACCCUUAAACAAAAAAAAAAACAAAAAAAAAGUAAAAUUCCAAAUAAAAUUUAUGCUAAAAGAAAAUAUUAGCGACAGCUUUCAAAGAAUCGGCAUAAAUAUAAAAUUAUAAGAAUUGCAGAUCUGUCUUUGCUGCAAUCCAGCAUAAAAAUUUUUUAAAUAAAAUUUGAAAUUUAUGAUACCAUAACUAAUUUUUGUUGAUGUUUGAUUUUAUUCACACACCAAUAACAAUUAAUUUUAACAAUGAAUGAAAUGAAAUCCGAUAGUUGCUAGAUACCCCAUCCCCCCCAAAAGUUGAAUUUUUUUCUCUGUUUUUAAUGAAAGAGACAAAAAGGGCAUAGAUAUUUUUAACUCUGCAUAUCAUUACAAACAGUGGUGAACAGUUAUAUAUACUAAUGUAAAAAUUGGAAAAGAAAAGAGAUCAUUUUCUAUUGAAUAUCUUUUAAUUUUCUCAUUGAUAUUUCAAAAUAAAUUUUUUAUCAUAAAGAUUAUUUUUAUGGCAUAUAAUAUAUCCAUGAUUAUUAAUCAAAAUGAUGUGCUAUGUGUUGACAGUCUAAAGACAAAGAAACACACCUACAUUUCUUAAGUAAAUGGAAAAGAAAUAACAGAAUUACUAGACCAAAUCUGUUUAAAUAAGGUGAGGCAUUAGGGGAAAAUCAUACUAAGACAUUUGGCAUUACAGCUAUUAGAUUUUGAUGGAUAUAGAUAAUUUUUUUUAUUUAAUGGUGUAUAUCAGUUAAAUUUUUCAUAUGUAUGCAUAUUUUAGCAAUUUAACUUGUCAUUUAGGGCCAUAUAAAUUUUGUAGCUAGCUGUUUUGAGGAAUGGCAACAUAGUUGGUGCAUGAAAUGCAACUUCAAUUUUUAAAAAAUAAACUGUAAUAUUGGUUAUAUAAUAGCAUUCAAUUGAUGUCCUGAAGCAAGUAAUACAGUAAAUCUACCGUCACAAUAUAUAUUUAACUGUUAGUAUAGAACGAAAUCUAUUUAACAAAGUGGAAAUGGAUAUUUAUUCGUUGCUUCAUAGAAUAUAUGCUAAUAAAAAUGCAGAAGCUUGUAAUUAAUAUUCAUUCUUAUAUUCAAAGUUACUGGUUUAGUAACUAAAUUGUUAAAAAAAUUUCCAUUCUCAUAUAUUGAUUCUCUCAAAUGUAUUAUUCAGGAAUUUUUAACUAUCAUUAUCUUGAUCUUAAUAACAGCCUCCGUAAUUUUCACCACACCUGACAACUUGAGUUAUUAUCUUUAAUGCUCCUCUAAAAUUUGAGCUAUAUUUUUUGUGAGAUGUAAGUAAAAUAUCAAAUGUUAUGUUUUUGUGCUAAUAUCAAUGAAUUGGAAAAUUUUAAAAGGAUUUUAACACUAGUUGAAUGAAAUAAUGAAUUAUUUAUAUACAAAAGUAUUGCAUCUUGUAUUGCUCAUUAUAUUGAUUUGUCAAAUAAAUAAAUGAUUUAACUCUCUGCUUACUUAGAUCUUUCCAAGCUUAUACAAAUAUUUUGUUGUUCUACCAUUUGUUUAUGAUUUUAUAUAAUUGUUUGUGUGUACUCAUAUUUUAAGACAAAGUAUUUUAUUCCUUAACUUAAGACUAUUUUGAUUAAUUUAAAUAAAUUAUUUGUUUUAUCUGAACUUUUUAUAUAAAUGUUAUGUUUCAUCUUUUGAUAAUUUUUUAUGUGUCUGUGUAUUUAUAUGUAUGUUAUGUAAAUAAUACUUGUAUGUUGAACAAAA